UGGAGAAGAAGCAGAAGAAGAAAAUGGCGGAGUACCUGGCGUCCAUUUUCGGCACAGAGAAAGACAAGGUCAACUGCUCCUUCUACUUCAAGAUCGGAGCCUGCAGACAUGGAGACCGCUGCUCCAGAUUACACAACAAGCCAACGUUCAGCCAGACCAUCCUGAUCCAGAACAUCUACCGGAAUCCUCAGAACAGCGCUCAGACGGCCGACGCAUCCCGCUGCGCCGUCAGUGAUGUGGAGAUGCAGGAACACUACGACGAGUUCUUCGAGGAAGUGUUCACGGAGAUGGAGGAGAAGUACGGGGAGGUGGAGGAGAUGAACGUGUGUGACAACCUGGGAGACCACCUGGUGGGCAACGUCUACGUCAAGUUCCGCCGUGAGGAGGACGCGGAGAAAGCCGUCAUGGACCUGAACAACCGCUGGUUCAACGGCCAGCCCAUCCACGCCGAGCUGUCCCCCGUCACCGACUUCAGGGAGGCCUGCUGCCGCCAGUACGAGAUGGGGGAGUGCACCCGUGGAGGCUUCUGUAACUUCAUGCACCUGAAGCCGAUCUCCAGGGAGCUGCGCCGGGAGCUGUACGGCCGCCGCAGGAAACGGCACCGCUCCCGCUCUCGCUCCCGGGAAAGACGCUCGCGCUCCAGGGACCGGCGGCGGGACCGCGAGAGGCCGCGGAGGUCCAGGGACCGGGAGCGUUCUGGAAGGUUUUGAGGGGGCCCGGACCCCCCGUCCCCCAUCCUCUGUCCCCAGUCCCAGCAGUGACCACCCUUCUGUCCCCGGU